AUGCGUCAGGGUUUUCCUCAACGGUGUUACACCUGCGGCGGCUGGGGCCACAAAGCCUCCGAGUGCGCAAACAACCGGCCAGUUUUGACGAUUCACACUCUCCCAGCCGACCUGACUGUGGGGGCGGUGUUGAACAGCAUCAUGCGCCCGGCGCCAGCGUUUGGCGACAAUCAGCAGCAGGCGUCGAACCCCGAUGAAGCCAACGCGACCUCAAUUGCGUGGAUGCACAACGCCGACCAACGGACUGUGGUGGAGGGCCUUAAUGCCUUCAAGGAGCGCACCGGCAUACAGGACCCGGCCGUCCUCUACAUGGACAACCAGACUGCCCGUGAAGCAGAGGCGCAACACCGUCAAGCAGCGGCGUUCCUCGCGGCCGGUGCUGCGGGGAUGAAGAGGCUGCAGGACGCCGAAAGCAAGAGGCAUUUGGACAUCGCGUCCAUCCCCUUCAUGACCGGGGACAACAAGUGGCGCCCUCGCCGCAGACAGGGACAGUCUGGGAGUGGAGCGCUGCUGGGCGAUGCGCAGCCCAAGCACGCUGAUGCCGGUGCCGCGAAUAUCGGCCGGAGUGGCCAUGGAGGCUUCGCCGGUGCUGGUGGCAGUGGCGGCGAUGGCGGCGGCCGCCAACGCCCCUGGAGGCGUGGUGAUGGCCCGAUUGGUCAUCGAAAUGACGCCCGCGUUCAAAAGAACACGGACCGGGGCAGGGGCCGUGGUCGCGGUGGAAAACCCCGCGGAGGAGGCCGCGGUGGCAUGGGUCCAGCCAGGGCCAAUGCUCUCCACACUUGGGAGGCUGGCAAGACCGACCCCCAGCAGCAUGUUGAGGGGGUCAACUUCGGCUCUCGGCUGAACGAGUCUGGGAGCGGCCCCCAAAACGAAGAUGGGAGGCUUGCCGUGGAGGAAGGGCAGCGGGCCAGGCCCAUGAGGUCUGACGCGAUGCCUUAUGGGUCUGCAGUUGUUGAGAACGGCCAGUUCGUGGUUCGCAACUUGGAGGAGCGAGACAUCCAGCCCCUGAUCGCUCGUGCCUCCCGCACUCAGCCGUCUGGACCGACGUGGGAUGCCAGAUUCAUCAGGCAGCGUCACCCGGAUCGGGAUGGUCCUGCGACGAGUGAGGUGGCCAGAAGCCGCCACCUUACUGCGAUGCUCUUGCCGGGCGACCCGUUCCUGGUCAACAGGAACGUGGAUGCACAGGGCCGUCGCGCUCCGGCGGGGGAUGCCGCACAGUCGGCAGACACGUCGAUUCGGGGCCAUAUUCGGAAGGAAUCCGGUGAUGCCAUGGACUAUGAGGACGAAGACUAA